GUGCCAUCCCAAGCGGAGCCGUGUCAGUCCCGUUCCGGGCGGAGCCGAGCCGGUCCCAUCCCAAGCGGAGCAGAACCAGUCCCGUUCCGGGCGGAGCCGUGUCAGUCCCGUUCGGGCGGAGCAGAACCAGUCCCGUUCCGGGCGGAGCCGAGCCGGUCCCGUUAGGGGCAGAGCCGAGCCGGUCCCGUUCCGGGCGGAGCAGAGCCGGUCCCGUUCCGGGCGGAGCCGUGUCAGUCCCGUUAGGGGCAGAGCCGAGCCGGUCCCGUUCCGGGCGGAGCAGAGCCAGUCCCGUUCCGGCGGAGCCUCCGCCCCUCGAGGCCGCCAUGGCCGCUCCGCCGCCCGCCGAGCCCCCGGUGCCCCCCGGGCGGCGCCGCCCGUCGCUGCUCGCCGUGGAGCCGCUGCUGUUCCUGGCCACCGUGUCGCUGGGGCUGCAGGGCCCGCUGGCCACCCAGUACCUGUGGGACCGGCUGGGAGCCGAGCACGGCUACAGCGACCGCAACAGCACCGAGUCCUCCGGCUGCGGGGACGGCAACGCCAGCGCCGACCCCCUGCGGCAGGAGGUGGAAGCUCUGGUGUCCCACUGGAACCUCUACAUCAACCUGGGCGGUUUCUUCGUCAGCCUGUUCUCCGUGACCCUCUUCGGCGCAUGGAGCGACAGCGUGGGCCGGCGCCCGGCGCUCAUCCUGCCGGCGGCGGGCAUGGCCCUGCAGACAGCCAUCUACCUGCUGGUCAUGUACCUGGAGCUGCACGUCGCCUUCUUCCUCCUGGGACGCAUCCUGAGCGGCCUCACGGGCGACUACAACCUGAUCCUGGCCAGCUGCUUCUCCUACGUGGCCGACACCAGCGAGCGCGGCGCGCGGACGUUCCGCGUGGCCAUCCUCGAGGCGUGCCUGGGCACCGCGGGCAUGGUGGCCAGCAUCGGCGGGGGCCAGUGGCGCAAGGCCCAGGGCUACAUCAACCCCUUCUGGCUGGCCUUUGCUGCCAGCCUUGCUGCCACUCUCUACGCCGCUUUCCUCCUCCAGGAGUCGGUGAAGCAGAAGAAGGCAGCCAGGCUGUUGACGCUCAGCCACUACAAGGCUGUGUACAGGCUCUACACGGCCCCCGAGCACCUGAGCUCCAGGUGGAAGCUGGCUCUGUACUCCCUGGCUUUCUUUCUGAUUGUCACGGUGCAUUUCGGAGCCAAGGACAUCUAUGUUUUGUACGAGCUGGGCUUCCCCCUGUGCUGGGCUUCUGAUCUCAUAGGGUACGGCUCGGCCGCCAGCUACCUGGCUUACCUGAGCAGCCUGGCGGGGCUGAGGCUGCUGCAGCUCUGCCUUGAGGACACCUGGGUGGCAGAGAUAGGACUGAUCUCCAACAUUGCUGGGCUGGUGGUGAUUUCCCUCGCUACCACAACGCCACUGAUGUUUACAGGUUACGGAAUUCUGUUCCUUUCCAUGGCAGCCACUCCAGUCAUCAGAUCCAAGCUCUCCAAGCUGGUCAGUGAGACAGAACAAGGUGCUCUCUUUGCUUCUGUUGCCUGCGUGGAAGGGCUGUGUUCACUCGUGGCUACAGGAGUGUUCAACUCUCUCUACCCUGCCACCUUGCACUUCAUGAGGGGAUUCCCAUUUCUCUUUGGGGCUAUAAUCCUCCUUAUUCCAGCAGCUAUCCUUGGGUGGAUACAAAUCUGGGAUUCAAAACAUGACUACAACCACUUCCAAGAGUCUUCCCUGUCCCCCACAAAAGACUGAGUUUAACACCAAGGAACUGGCCAGCAUGGCAGUGUCCACCUGAAGACUGCACUUUGUUCUUCCCUCAAAGGACUGCUCAGUGCAGGAGGGACACUCUGCUUGUCCUUACUGACUUUUAAAUGCCAAAUAAUUGGAAAUCACAGGAGGAACUUGAUUUGGAGCUGUGAAUGCCUCCUCAGUAUUGUGUUGGCUCAUCUGUCAGAUAAAACCCAAGAGACCCAAGAGCCAAUCAAGCUGAUGUGGGCCUUUUGCAAGGCUGCCUCGUGGUUUGGGGUUUGGCGGGGCCAGAAGGCUCUGCCAUGCUUUUAGUGGGGAGAGAGGACUGAGUUCUGCUUUAACUGCUGAGCAUUUUCCCCUCAGGGUGUUCCAGAUGAGCUGUUGGUGUGGGUGAAGCAGAGGCAGCCAACAGUGUCCUGCUGGAGGGGAAGAUCUGUGCUCCAGAUCAUCACAUUGCCAGUAAAAACCCAGCAAAUGUGACAUGCCAGACCACAAAACUCCUUAUGGAGAGGGGUAGUUUAGCACAGGAGUGCUAUUGCUGUCCUUACUGACUGAACCAGCUUUAGUUUUGCAAGUCAGAGGUGUCCUAAGAAGAGGAUCUAAUUCAUGAAGUGUUGGUAGGAGUGCCAGUGGCAUGUCCUGCCUUGUCUGCAGCUCAGCCCAGGAUCUCAGAGGUGGUUUUGAGAAGUAGCAGAUCAUCUGAGAGUACUGCAGGGCCAGUAGAUUAAAUCCUGGGUUGGGAGGGACCCAUGAGGAUCCUUGGAGCAACUCCUGUAGGUGCCUUAAUUGACAGUCGCCAAAAGCUAUGAAAUUAAGGAGAAAAUUGUCAGAAUUGUUCCCCCCUUACACUGCAGAUCUGAGCCCCAGUUUGACAGGUGUGCCCCAGUCAUGUGGAAUCCCUGCUGUGCUUAUCCAGAGGCCUUCCUCAGCAAGCUGGGAUAGGACUAGUGUCUUUAAGAUUAAUCUUUUUUGUUGUAUGUGACAUAAUCUUGUGUUAAUGACCUGAGUGCUGCUGUUUACCCUAGGAUCUGUUGAUGCCAGCAAGCAAACCCCAUGUCCAUGGUACUUAUAAUUGUUCUUUCUAAAGCAUUACCUGUGUUGCUGCAAUCCUUUUUUUCUCUUCAAUGUGCCAUAAACCAGCAGUUCUGUGUACACUUAAUUGCACAUGCUGUUCAGGUACAUGCAGUAAUGACUUUGCUGUUACUUUCAGAAUGAAUAAAACCUCCAUGCUCUUUUAUGGUUCAUAAAACU